CACCUCUCCAUUUAAAGCGAUCUUCAGAGCACUCAUCUCCUCUUAACUUCCUGCGCCUAACGCGUCGUUCGCACGUAGAUUAGACUCAUCGCUUGUUACUAUCCUUCUCAACAAAUAAUGUCCUAUCCUUACCGUAACGAUCUUCUUGCCCCCUACCUUGCAUUACCUCAGGGUGACAAGGUUCAAGCCGAGUACGUUUGGAUUGAUGGCGAUGACGGCCUUCGUUCAAAGACCACGACAGUGAGCAAGAAGGUCACUGACAUCGGCCAGCUUCGCAUCUGGGAUUUCGAUGGUUCAUCCACAAACCAAGCUCCAGGCAAUGACUCAGAUGUCUACCUUCGUCCUGCCGCUAUCUUCAAGGAUCCUUUCCGCGGUGGUGACAAUAUCCUUGUUCUUGCCGAGACCUACAACAAUGACGGCACCCCAAACCGAACCAACUACCGCCACCACACUAAGAAGGUCAUGGAUCUCGCAAAGGACACCCUUCCCUGGUUCGGUCUUGAGCAAGAAUAUACCCUUUUCGAUGCAGAUGGCGCGCCAUUUGGCUGGCCGAAGGGUGGUUUCCCCGGACCCCAAGGCCCGUACUACUGCGGCGCAGGAACUGGCAAAGUCUUUGCUCGUGACCUCAUCGAGGCUCACUACCGCGCCUGCUUGUACGCUGGCGUGAACAUCAGCGGUAUCAAUGCUGAAGUCAUGCCCUCCCAAUGGGAGUUCCAAGUUGGCCCUUGUGAGGGUAUCUCCAUGGGUGACCACCUCUGGAUGGCUCGUUACCUCCUCGUUCGCAUCGCCGAGCAGUGGGGCGUCAAGGUCUCCUUCCACCCCAAGCCUCUUUCAGGGGACUGGAACGGUGCUGGUUGCCACACCAACUACAGCACAAAGGCUAUGCGUGAGCCUGGAGGUAUGAAGCACAUCGAUGAGGCUAUUGAGAAACUCUCCAAGAGACAUGCUGAGCACAUUGCUGUCUACGGCGAGGACAAUGACCUCCGUCUCACUGGUCGUCACGAGACUGGUCACAUUGGGAACUUCAGUUCCGGUGUUGCCAACCGUGGUGCCUCCAUCCGGGUGCCAAGGCACGUCGCUGCCCAGGGCUAUGGAUACUUGGAGGAUCGUCGCCCUGCCUCCAACAUCGACCCAUACCGUGUGACUGGAAUCAUUGUGGAGACCACUGUUCUUGACAAGUAGAAGUUUUUUUUUCCGUUGUAUUUUACACUACCACCGCUCUUGUUGACACGCAGUCUGGAAUGAAAAAAGCAUGCAUGACUGAAACUUGAAGAAACAUUUUACUGGACAG